ACGUGUGCGCUACGCCGGCGGCCGAAAAUGGGCGAGCCUCCGGCCGAGGUGCGCGUCUUCCUGCGCCAGCACCCGGGUCUGCGGCUCGAGCCCGGCGGCACCAAGGUGACGUGCACCCUGACGGGCCACGAGCUGCCCUGCCGCUUGCCCGAGCUCCAGGUCUACACUCGCGGCAAGAAGUACCAGCGCCUGGUGCGCGCAUUCCCCGCCUUCGACUACGCCGAGUUCGAGCCGCACAUCGUGCCCAGCACCAAGAACCCGCGCCAGUUGUUCUGCAAACUCACCCUGCGGCACAUCAACAAGUGCCCGGAGCAUGUGUUGAGGCACACCCGGGGCCGCCGCUUCCAGAGAGCACUGCAGAAGUAUGAGGAAUGCCAGUUGCAUGGGGUGGAGUACGUCCCGGCCUGCCUGCUGCAGAGGAGGCGGCGGCGGGAAGACCAGGACGGUGGCAGGCCGCCUGGCGGAACGGGAGACUUCUGGGAGCCUGCGUCCAGUGAUGAGGGAGGAGCCCAGAGUGACGACAGCAUGACAGACCUGUACCCACCUGAGCUGUUUACCAGAAAGGACCUAGGAGGGGCUGAAAGUGGGGGCAGCACUGACAGCAACGAGGAUGAUGCAGUGCAGCCCCCGAGAGAGGACGACGGGAGCAGAGGGGAGGGGGUGGCCACCACCCAGGUGCUGGUCCGGAAGCGCGGGAAGAAGCAGCUGGGCUCACUGAAGAAAAAGGUGAAGAGUCACCACUGCAGACCCAAGAGCUUUAGCUCAAAGAAGCAGUUGGGCUGAUGAAGUGCUGGGAAAACGCACAUCUCCAUAAUUUCCAGAGAAAUCCCUGAGGCACCUCCCUGUCUUCCUGCUUCUGGCUACCCAGUGUUGUGUGCCCUCCCCACCCACCCUUGCUGCCCUCGAGGCAGGGCCAAGAUGGAGGAGUCCCGCCCCCACCCCAGGAGGCUGUCGUCCUCGGAGGGAAGCAUCCUAAGUGUCCUGGAGGGGAACUAGCCUAGCUGACAACAGUGUGGCCAGAUGGGACCCCGUGUGGGCUCGAGGACCAGAUCGUUACACUGCAUACAACAAAUGCCAUUUAUUUUGAUAUGUUUCCAAAAAUCAAAAUGUUUUCAAACACAACUAAGAUAUAAAACACAGCAUAAAAUGAGAUUUAUACCUGUUUCCCAUGUAAAGCAAAAAAGUUUUCAGAAGUUGUUUUGCCAUAACCAGUUGGUAGAUGGUAUGUCCCCAGCACCAGCCCGCUCAGGGCCAGGGGAGACAGGAACAGCCACAGCCCAGGCACUGGUGUGGAAUGCAGCGAUGGCGCCACUUGGCCUGCUUCGCUCGGGGCAGUCCUGCUUUCCACAAACAAGUCUUCAAGCACAGGGCCAAGGAGGACCCAUCACCCUACCAAAAAAUGGCCAGAGACUGGCUUGGCCAGUGUCAUUUGAUGGGUGGUCUUCCCGUGUGGACCAAGACAUGGCCCUGAUGUUGAGAUGCUGUGGUAGAGUCCCUCUCUCCACAGGGGCAUCUGAGUGGCAACAUAGACAGAGCUGCUCUGCCCCCAGCCACCACUUCACCUAAGCCGGGGAGCACAGCAGACUUGUGGGGAGGCUUGGAGGCAUCCUGGGAUGAGCCUCCACUGGCUGGGGCACGCGGCGGGGAGGCUAGAGAGGGCACCUGUCACCCCACCUGGGUGAGGUGGGUGUGGGGUGGCUCUAAGCUCUGGUGGGCAAAAGUCUGCAGCCCCUCUUCCCCUGGCUCAAGACUGGGCCCAGAGCCAGUGCUAGGGGCAGGUCUAAGUCUUGCACACCUAGCUUGAGGACAGGUUAGGGCUUCAGAUGGGCCUUCAAGGGACUCCAUCCCCAAGUCUGGCGUGAGCAGCUGCCUUACCCCCAGCACCAGGCUCUGUACCUUGGUCAGCCUCACCCUGUCCACCAGCCCCCCAGGAGGAUCCACAUCAAGUGAGAAUACCCCCAAGAAGAGAAACACAGUAUAAGGCAAUGUUAGAAAACUUUUAGAAGAUUAAGAUCAAAUCGAUAAGGCAUCACAAAUUGUAGAAAAUAAUUUUGGCUGCAUUCAGCAUAGCAAAAAACAGAAUCUGAGCAAGCAACGGCCUCAUAAGAAUGGUCAGUCAGGGCCGCCUGAGAGUGUGAGCCACAGCUGGAGACAACCCUCAGCCGGGAAGGUGGGCAAGCAGGUGCUAUUACCAAGUCAGCACCUGUGAAUUUCAGAGCUCACUCUGUGGAAAGGUCAAGUGCGAGGUAAUGAGCCCAUGGGUCCUGGAGUCUGCUGUCGCUGUGCUUCCCUGCGGCAGCUGUCCCCUCUUCAGGCUGGCCAGACAGGAGGCUGCAGGCUGACCAGUAGGGUGGCGCCGCUGGCAGGCCCACGAAGUGUGUGGUGCCCUGGCCAGCCUUCCUGAGUGCAGCCUCUGGCUCAGGAUGCCCGACCCCAUGGCUCUUCCCGCAGCUACUCUCCUGACAGGGGUAUCACACAGUAGAAACCUUUAAGCCAAGCCAAGCUGACCUUCUGAUUGGGGACUUUCACCGUAAGCAACAGCUCCAGUCGCCCCUUUAAUACUGCAUCACCUCUCUGGGUUCUGGGUCUCUCUAAAUUUGGUACUGUCCUAUAAAAUAUUACAAUGAGGGGCAGAAACCACCUUGAAGCCACCCGGUAUGAUUUCAAACCAGGGAGUUUAACAGCGUGUGUAAUGUCUGGCCAGGCCACCCCAAAUCAUUUAGUAGUUUUAGCUAAGAAUGUAAACUUUAAAAAUAAUAAGAGGGAGACCACUUUGAAUGAUACACAAAUGUAUCUGCUCACAGUACAGCUUGAAGGCCUCCCUACCCACCCCCCCCAAAAAGGAAACAAACACAAAAAUCGGACUGAGGGGCCACAAGCAGCCGGGCUGCCCACCCAGUGUGGCCUGGGCUGCGGGGGCCUAACGGUCUGGCCAGCACUGAAUACUCAGAUACCAAAUUGUGGUUCCAAGGCAGCUUUAGCCGUCAAUUUUCAGGUGUCUCUGCAAAUGAGUUCUCAAAACAUCUGUGCCUUUACCAAGGGAGGGGGGGAAGAGGAUACAUGAACGCUGGCAGUCUCGUCGAAUCCACCCCGGGCAGUCCUCGCCAACCGCGGGCCGCAGCCGGGCAGGGACGGGGCCUGUUACCACUCCUUCUUCUUCUCGUCCAUGGAGACGCCCCCAGGGCCCAGAGCCACCACCAGGAGCAAGCCUCCGAUCACGGACAUGGUCUGGAAAAAGUCGUACUUCAGGAAGUCGUGCAUGGGCUUAUAGACUGGAACGGUCCAGAAGGCGUUGAAAUACACGUUGAUGGCAAAGAGCCAGACGACGAGAGUCAAAGCCGCCAGCUUGGUUUUAAAGCCAACGGCCACUAAGAUGAUCAGGGCUGUGCCGACCACGUUCUGCAGGAUCUGCGUUGGUCACAAAGUGAGACGUUACGAAACGGGGGAAGGAGAGAGGGAGGCAGAUCAGGGUUUACAAGCGACAAGCCCCGAGCGCUCCGUGUCACUGCAGUAUCUGUGCCAGGCUCUGCUAGAAGGUAGCCACUUAAGCCAGAAGACACAGGAAAUAAGAGCUGGAACGGAGAGUGGAGAAAUAAGAGCGGAGGAAUGGGGCAGGGGAGUUGGGCCACAGAUAAAGCGACACUGGCCCUGACGCACGAAGGGCUUGGAGACGAUUAAAGAAAGUCUCCAGUUAGCAGGCUGUGAUUUACCGAGGUAAGUACAAGUACCUACAUGGUAGAUCCCGAAGCCACAACUAAAUCCCCAAGUCCUUGCCCACCCAGUUAUCCCAGCUGGAAACAGCCUCCCCCUCUACCCCAGUCCCUGGGGACCCUUCUGGUAGCUGCCCUGUGGGGCUCAGACGCCUCUCAGGCCUGCCCCACCCACCUCUCAGGCCUGUCCCUGCUCUGCAAGCUCCUGGGAAAGAACAGGGUCUGCCCUCUCUGUGACCCCAACACCUGCAGGCAAAAGGGACUCAACUAAGGUUGCUGAGUGAAAGCAAGCAGAGCAUAGGGGGCAGCCUCAGGGACCCUGGUCAGCAGCCCCAGGACAAGGGCGCUGGGCAGUGGGACCCCAGCAGGGCCAGGUGGACCCGACUUGGCUUACUGGAAUGGCACCUUCUCUGGCCUGUGAGCCUGGUGGUGUUUUGUCUGCUUUAAUAGGAUCAAAGGGGUGCUUCCUUUGAACCACCUCGUUCCAAACAGGUGCUGGGACAGGUGCUGCUGUGGCUUCCCCUCGGCUGUGCUCAGCACACAACCAGAGAAGUGGUGGCGUGGGGAGGGCCGUAUGCAGAGAGCAGCGUGCUUGUCUAUGACAAGAGCCGGGAGGUCUGGGCAGCGGAAAUACUCACAGAGAAGAAGCUGACGUCAAAGUGGAGGAGGGUCAUGAACAUCAAGACCAGCAGGACUCUGCCCCCCAGCUGCAUGUACUGUUUGGGGGAGCUCUCCCGCAUGGUGGGGACACCGGCAAACAUGCUCUUCCCUUCCGACCGUGACUCCGCCAGGAGCAGCAGCAGGCCUCCUCCCAGGGCCAGGUUCC